UUCUCCCACCCGGAUUUUCAAGACGGGACGGCGCUGGUGUCCGGAGUCCGGAGACGAACCACGGGACCACGUUAGGAAAAGGUGAAUGUGUCGCCACGACUGCGGAGCAACAGACCAUUCCAAUUUGGUAGAGAUGGCAGAACCAGACAGCCCAGCCCGUAUCAACCUUUUGUUUGCGUGUCGGACCCAUCCACACUGACUCGGACUACAUGGUCUUCACCUCAAAACCUCCACACAUUCCUACGUCGCUCCCUUAUCGAAAUCAUCACCAAACUAGGUCUAUCAUCAUGUCCUCAUUAAAGCGAUGGGAUAGUUUACCGAGAGAAAUCCGUCUUCUCAUCCUCGAGACCCUGGUGCAAGACGGUUGCAGACUGAGUCGCUUGGUCACAGUCUCUCGAGAGUGGCAAACAGAUCUCGAGCGCUACAAUUUCGCCCGAAUCACACUAACGCCAGCGCGACUUGUCGAUUUUGGUUUCAUGGUUCAUCGCAAUCGGGCUCUCGUUCGCUACAUUUGGUUCUGCUUGGAACUUGAUGACUACGAUUGCACCAUUUGCGCGCCCGAUUCUAGAGACGAGGAAGCCUUUGAUAUCACCGACACAGACAAAUGUCCUAUCACCCCGUCAUUCCAAAACCUGUUCUCGACUCUCAGCACGUGGGAACCCAGGGGCGAUCUUGUACUCGAUAUCAGUAUCUACUCGCCCAGCGACUCGGAACAUUGGUUCAAAUACCUAACAUUUGUGACCGAUACGCCUUCAGCAGAAAUGCCGGUAGGCGAUGGUAGAGAUCAGGCGAUAUCAGCCAAAGUCUACCAUGACCCUCAACAUGGCUGGGAUGCUGGGUUUCGACACUCCGCUCCGCCUCGGUCCGCUAUUCACAAAAUUUUCCAUGUAAUUAUGGAUAUGGGACCCUUUGAUAGCGACGAGUUGGAGUUCCAAUGGUGGGAUCAGCUUCCAUCGGUCCCAGUGGUCACCAGCUUGCUUCUCCGGCAACAGAACCGCCGGAGAUGGAAGCCACGGUCGCUCGCACAUAUGUUUGCUCGUUUCCCCAGGCUUCAGGAAGUCCACUACGAGCCCUGGAGGGAGUGGGACUCUAUGAUGAAGAACUUUACGGAUAAACAUUUCGGAUACUUUUUCACGUCUAUCCAAGGUUUCAACAACCAUAUCAAGAGACUUACCGUCUUCGAAAACUUCAAUCAACAAUACCCAGCCUCGCUGAAGCUAUUCCAGGCCGGUGUUGACUUGUCUGAUUGCGAGAAUAUUCGCAACCCAGCCCCCGCUGUUAGCCGGAUGGCCGCACUCGCCAGUCUCAAGCUUGAGCAUCUCGCAGCAUCCUUCCUCGUAGAUGCUCGCCAUUUCUUCGAGAUCGAGCCUUCUUGGGUGUGGCCAAACCUAACCUCACUUGUGCUUACCUCAAAAGUACUUGUGCCCGACGGCGAUCAGACCGAGAUUGAAGCUGUGCUUCAGGCGGCGGCGGCAGCGGCCAUGAAGAUGCCACGGCUGGAAACAAUGGAAAUAUGGAAUGGAAGAAAGGGGUUAACGGCGCUCUUCAGGUAUCAGGCGCUCCGCGAUAUACGGAAAGCUGUGAUUAUGUGGAGAAGCACAUGGAAAUUGGCCAUGGGACCAUCUACGAUCCAGGCUUGGGAAGUCGUUAUGCAUCAGUAUGGUGGUUGGAGGCUCGAUUUGGUUCAGGAACAACUAGAUGAAGCUCUCAUCAAGUCUCACGGUGAUGCAAUCCAGCAUCUCAUGCUCCCAAGUCAGGUCAUUCGGCCCAUCUCGUUGCGGCAGAUUCAGAUGGAACAGAAAGUUUUGGAGGGCGUGGAGACUGUGUAAUUGUAGUGUAUGGGAUAUAGUUUUACACGGUUCUCUCACCGUUUGCGCUUCUCCGAUCAUACCUGAGAGGCUGAGACGUUGGAGCAGCCUCGGAGCUUUGAUUGUGCAGCACAUACACAAAAUAAUUGACAGG